CCGUGCUGUGCGGCCGGGAGGUUGGCAUAACUGAGGGCGCAGGUCGUGGCGGGCCGGUUGACGCGGGGCCGGGCGCCGCCGCGAUCAUGUCGGAGCCGGCGCCCGAAGUUCCGGAAGAUCUAUUCCGCGAGGUCAAGUACUACGCGGUGGGCGACAUCGACCCGCAGGUUAUCCAGCUUCUUAAAGCUGGGAAAGCCAAGGAAGUCUCCUACAAUGCCCUGGCCUCACACAUCAUUUCAGAGGAUGGGGACAACCCAGAGGUGGGAGAAGCCCGGGAGGUCUUUGACUUGCCUGUCGUGAAGCCUUCCUGGGUGACUCUGUCCGUGCAGUGUGGUGCUCUCCUGCCAGUCAAUGGUUUCUCUCCAGAGUCCUGUCAGAUUUUUUUUGGACUCACUGCCUGCCUUUCUCAGGUGUCGUCUGAGGACCGCAGUGCCCUGUGGGCCUUGGUUACGUUCCAUGGGGGCAGUUGCCAGCUAAACCUCAACAAGAAGUGUACACAUUUGAUUGUUCCGGAGCCAAAGGGGGAGAAAUACGAGCGUGCUGUCAGGAGAGCAAGUAUUAAGAUUGUCACUCCUGACUGGGUCCUGGACUGUGUGUCCGAGAAGAGCAGGAAGGAUGAAGCCUUUUACCAUCCACGUCUGAUCAUCUAUGAAGAGGAAGAGGAGGAAGAGGAGGAGGAGGGCGAUAACGAGGAGCAGGACUCUCAGAACGAGGGCAGCACUGAGGAGAAGUCAAGUGCAGCCAGCUCUCCAGAAGCUUCUCCUGCGGACCAGCCGUGCUCUCCCAAGCCCAGGGCUGAGGUGUCCAAGGGGGAGCUGAUGUUUGAUGACUCUUCUGACUCGUCCCCGGAAAAGCAGGAGCGGAGCUUGAACUGGGCCCCAGCAGAAGCCCCACCUCUCACCACGGCCCAGCGCAGGCUGCCUCAGGGAAAAGGGCCUGGACUCAUUAACCUGUGUGCCAAUGUUCCACCUGUCCCAGGGGACAUCCUGCCUCCUGACAUGCGGGGUACCUUAAUGGCUGCUGGACAAAACCUACAGAGUUCUGAGCGAUCAGAAGUGCUAGGGACCUGGAGCCCAGCUGUGCGGACGUUGCGAAACAUCACAAACAACGCCGACAUUCAGCAGAUCAGCCGGCCAUCCAAUGUUGCCCACAUCUUACAGUCCCUUUCAGCACCCACAAAAAACCUAGAGCAGCAGGUGGCGCAUGGCCAGCAGGGACACCCCUCUGCUAGUGGUGUGCUUUUUGGCCAGGCUAAAGGCGCUCCCGAGACCCAUGUGUUGCAGCAGCACCAUCCUCCCCAGCAGCCACCACAGCAACACCCAGUCCUGCACCUCCAGCCCCAGAUCAUGCAGCUCCAGCAGCAGCAGCAGCAGCAACAGCAACAGCAGCAACAGCCACAGCCUUACCCUCAGCCGCCAUCACAUCAGUUCCCACAGCAAGUCCAUCAGCAUCAGUUUUCUCAGCAGCAGCUCCAGUUUCCACAGCAACCAUUACACCCUCAGCAGCAGUUGCAUCGCCCUCAACAACAGCUGCAGCCAUUUCAGCAGCAGCAGCAUGCCCUGCAGCAGCAGCUCCAUCAGCUGCAGCAGCAACAGCUCCAGCAGCACCAAUUAGCACAGCUCCAGCAGCAGCAACAGCAACAACAACAACAGCAGCAGCACAACCUUCUCCAACAGCAGCAGCAGCAGCAGCAGCUCCAGCGCCUGCACCAGCAGCAACAGCAGCAGAUGCAGAAUCAAGCAGGACACUUGAACCAACCAUCCCAGGCACUACAGCACCAGGUUCUACCCCAGCAGCCCCUGCAGCUGCCCCUGCAGCCCCCACCUCAGCAACAGCAGCAGCAGCAGCAGCAGCAGCAGCAGCAGCAGCAGCAGCAGCAGCUUUUUGGACAUGACCCAGCAGUGGAGAUUCCAGAAGAAGGUUUCUUGCUAGGAUGUGUGUUUGCAAUUGCGGACUAUCCCGAGCGGAUGUCGGAUAAGCAGCUGCUGGCCACCUGGAAAAGGAUAAUUCAGGCACACGGUGGCACUGUGGACCCCACUUUCACGAGCCGAUGCACACACCUCCUCUGCGAGAGUCAAGUCAGUGGUAUGUAUGCACAGGCACUUCGGGAGAGAAAGCGGUGUGUCACCGCACACUGGCUCAACACAGUCCUGAAGAAGAAGAAGCUGGUGCCACCACAUCGAGCCCUGCAUUUCCCUGUGGCAUUCCCACCUGGGGGCAAACCCUGCUCACAGCAUAUUAUCUCUGUGACUGGAUUUGUUGACAAUGACAGAGAUGACCUGAAGUUAAUGGCAUAUCUGGCAGGUGCCAAAUACACAGGGUACCUGUGUCGGAGCAACACAGUCCUCAUCUGUAAAGAACCAAGUGGCUUGAAGUAUGAGAAGGCCAAAGAGUGGAGGAUCCCCUGUGUGAAUGCACAGUGGCUGGGGGACAUCCUGCUGGGAAACUUCGAGGCCUUGCGGCAGGUGCAGUACAGCCGGUACACUGCCUUCAACCUACCGGACCCCUUUGCGCCCACUCCACACUUGGUCUUAAGUCUUGUAGAUGCAUGGCGGGUCCCAGUGAAGGUGACUGCAGAGCUAUUGAUGGGUGUAAGAUUACCCCCUAAGCUGAAGCCAAAUGAGGUCGCCAACAUCCAGCCUUCUAAAAGAGCCAGAAUUGAAGACCUGCCACCUCCCACCAAGAAGCUGAGCCCAGAGCUGACGCCUUAUGUGCUGUUCACUGGAUUUGAGCCUGUUCAAGUUCAGCAGUACAUUAAGAAGCUGUACAUCCUGGGUGGGGAAGUUGCUGAGUCCACGAAGAAGUGCACCCAUCUCAUUGCCAGCAAGGUGACACGUACGGUAAAGUUCCUGACGGCCAUCUCUGUGGUAAAGCACAUUGUGACCCCAGACUGGCUGGAGGAGUGCUUCAAGCGCCAAGUGUUCGUCGAUGAGCAGAACUACAUCCUGCGAGAUGCUGAGGCAGAAGUACUCUUCUCUUUCAGUCUGGAAGAGUCCUUAAAGCGAGCCCACGUGUCUCCCCUCUUUAAGACAAAGUAUUUCUACAUCACCCCUGGCAUCUGCCCGAGCCUUGCAACGAUGAAGGCGAUUGUAGAGUGCGCAGGGGGGAAGGUGUUAGCCAAGCAGCCAUCCUUCCGGAAGCUCAUGGAGCACAAGCAGAACAAGAGUCUGUCAGAGAUCAUUCUCAUAUCCUGUGAGAAUGACCUACACUUAUGUCGAGAGUACUUCGCCAGAGGAAUAGAUGUUCAUAAUGCGGAGUUUGUUCUGACGGGAGUCCUCACACAGACACUGGACUACGAAUCAUAUAAGUUUAACUGACAGCCUUGUGCCUGCUGCACAAUUGGAGCCUGGAGCACAAGGGUAGCUGCUGGCAGCCUGCACACCAGGACUCCCUCCCUGCAGAGGGCUUGUUUUCCAGCUCUGCCUUAGGGAGAGACCUCUACUAGGAAGACAUGUAAUACUGACUGCAUCGUGUUAAGAUGUGUGACCUUAUUCUAGGAAACAUAAAUUAUGUUUUGUAUUAUAUGCCUAAGAGCCCACAUUAAAUCUGAUUAAUUUGCCAGGUUUUUAUGUGUUUUCAGAAAGCUGUAUGAAAUUUCAUCUACAAAUAAAUGAUGUAAAUAAAGACUUUGCUGUUUAAAUUAUGGAUGUUAAAGAUUUGAGAUGUUUUUGUACUUUGAGUAUUUUUAUUUCUUACACUCUUUUCUUUUAUAUUGAAAACUUGCUCACCUUUAAAUAAAUGAACUU